AUGUGUGCGGAUGCGGCCCGACUCGCCAAGUUUCAAUGUAAACUCGAGAAGGACAACAUCGUCUCGCCGGCAAUCUGCUUCCGCUCAGACCUUGUGCCCACCGCCGCCGACGUCAGCGCGACCGGCAACGUCGUUCCUUGCGCCGACCGAAAUUCUGCCCUACUCCUGCCCGAAGUUGUAUCGCCACAGUCGGUCGAAUGGCUCGGCCAACCGGUGGCAACCACACUCACGCGUCUCCUAACCGGUCGACAUGAUCGGCUCGCCGACCAGUUGCGUCGUGACUUUCACCUGUCCGAUCGCCGUUUUGCCCUGGCCAGCCUCCUGGCGCUCGGCUUGGCCGUUCGACUCUCCGUCGAGCCCGCAGUCACCACGGCCAACGAAGAACUAACCAAGCUGGUGGCGAUGAAGAAGCCGCCAUUUACUAUCGAGGCAAGCCCGCGUCCUUUGGUUACCGUUCAACUGUUCAACCUCUUUCAUUUAACAUGA